AUGUCUUCAUAAAGUUUUUAGUUAUAAAACCUAUCGAUAUAAGAAAUAAAAAUGGAAGAAUUAAAUGAAUUUUUAGAAAAGGUUGUUUACUCAUCUCCAAUCCCUUUAGUUAUCCAUUAAAUCUAAGUUGAAAAUUUUGAUGAAAUAACUACAUUUUUGACUAAGUUUAUUAAACCAUAAGAAAUUGUAUUUCCAAAUAUAAAAUGUAAGAACUUGAGACCCUAAAAGAUUUAUCAGAAUUAACAAAAUUCGAUUAAUAUUAUGUUUCAGAAAUUUUAUUAGGAUAUUGAAAAAAUAGUUUCUGAGUCUCCUAAAUUAAAAUAAGUUGGCUACAAAAAUAAAAAUAAUGAUGAUUUGACAAAUAUCUCAAAAUCUUAGGCUAGAUUAUAAAUUUGUGAAAUCAAAGUUGUUGAAUAAGAAUCAAUAGAUUAAAGAUAUAAUAAUUUAAUAAGCAGAUUAUUUAAAAAGUAUUACAAUUGAAAGAGGAAAUGAUUAAAUUCUUAAAGAUUUGAUUUUAUUGUAUGAUAAUACGAAACAAUCUAAUUCUAUUAAUAUUAAUGAUUCAUCAUAAUUGGAAUAAAAUGAGGUUUUAAAAAAAUUAAUUCUACAAGAGAUAAAGUUGAAUCAAUUUUAAUGCUCAUCUAAUUAUUAGGAGAAGAAAAAUGUAUAUUGCAAAGGGAGAACUUAUUUUCAUAUUUGA